AUGAACAGAGAGAAAGCCAAGAUCAAAGAGAUGACCCUUCAGCUGGACACCGAAAGAGAAGAGCUUGAAAGCAGCAAGAGCAAAAUGUCCUUGAAACAGCAACAACAAGAGCUCAAGGAAGUGGACUUGCAAGCGCUACAAGAGAAAAUGGAGAACACUGAGCACAGGGUACGCUCUGCUAGAGAGGAACUGCAAGCUCUCAAGAACGACCUGGACAAGAAGAAAGAAGAACUGGACGCUGGCAUGACCAUCAUCAGGCAAGAGAGAGAACAACUCCAUCAGAUCAAGACUGAUAUGGAGAGGGCCAGAGAAACCCUUGUCAAGGAAAAGCAGGAAAUAAGCGCACAGAGGGCCGAGCUCCAAAGGAAGGAAGACGACCUGGUCAACACAAUGAAGCCAAUGGAAAUGCUCAAAGGCAAACUUGAACGGCUGAAUGAAAAGAUGCGUUCAGACCUGAAAAACAAAAUGGACACCCUGCAGCAGAAAAAUGAAGACCUGCAAGCGCUGCACACUGCACUGGAGCAGAGGUUGGCCACACUGGCUCAACAGAAAGCAGACAUGGAUGGUAACACCCAGCUGCUGGAGAGAGAAAAGACUGGUCUGAAGGCUCUGCUGGCAGACAUGGCCGCCCAGACACAAGACCAGGAGAAGCAAUGGCAGCUGAAGCUUGACGCUGACAAACAUGGUCUGGAGAAGCUCAAGGCAGAGCUACAGAAAGACCAAGAGGAUCUGAACAGAGGCAAUGAGACACUGAUCAAGGAAAAAUUGGACUUGGAAAGGACCAGACAGGACUUCCAGAAACUACAAGAGGAAGAGAAAUACAAGAUGCAACAGGAAAGAGACGAGCUGGAAGUGACAAAAGCUGAGCUGCAAAAGGACAAACAACAGGCAAAGGAGCUGCUGGAUGAGAUGAACAGAGAGAAAGCCAAGAUCAAAGAGAUGACCCUUCAGCUGGACACCGAAAGAGAAGAGCUUGAAAGCAGCAAGAGCAAAAUGUCCUUGAAACAGCAACAACAAGAGCUCAAGGAAGUGGACUUGCAAGCGCUACAAGAGAAAAUGGAGAACACUGAGCACAGGGUACGCUCUGCUAGAGAGGAACUGCAAGCUCUCAAGAACGACCUGGACAAGAAGAAAGAAGAACUGGACGCUGGCAUGACCAUCAUCAGGCAAGAGAGAGAACAACUCCAUCAGAUCAAGACUGAUAUGGAGAGGGCCAGAGAAACCCUUGUCAAGGAAAAGCAGGAAAUAAGCGCACAGAGGGCCGAGCUCCAAAGGAAGGAAGACGACCUGGUCAACACAAUGAAGCCAAUGGAAAUGCUCAAAGGCAAACUUGAACGGCUGAAUGAAAAGAUGCGUUCAGACCUGAAAAACAAAAUGGACACCCUGCAGCAGAAAAAUGAAGACCUGCAAGCGCUGCACACUGCACUGGAGCAGAGGUUGGCCACACUGGCUCAACAGAAAGCAGACAUGGAUGGUAACACCCAGCUGCUGGAGAGAGAAAAGACUGGUCUGAAGGCUCUGCUGGCAGACAUGGCCGCCCAGACACAAGACCAGGAGAAGCAAUGGCAGCUGAAGCUUGACGCUGACAAACAUGGUCUGGAGAAGCUCAAGGCAGCGCUACAGAAAGACCAAGAGGAUCUGAACAGAGGCAAUGAGACACUGAUCAAGGAAAAAUUGGACUUGGAAAGGACCAGACAGGACUUCCAGAAACUACAAGAGGAAGAGAAAUACAAGAUGCAACAGGAAAGAGACGAGCUGGAAGUGACAAAAGCUGAGCUGCAAAAGGACAAACAACAGGCAAAGGAGCUGCUGGAUGAGAUGAACAGAGAGAAAGCCAAGAUCAAAGAGAUGACCCUUCAGCUGGACACCGAAAGAGAAGAGCUUGAAAGCAGCAAGAGCAAAAUGUCCUUGAAACAGCAACAACAAGAGCUCAAGGAAGUGGACUUGCAAGCGCUACAAGAGAAAAUGGAGAACACUGAGCACAGGGUACGCUCUGCUAGAGAGGAACUGCAAGCUCUCAAGAACGACCUGGACAAGAAGAAAGAAGAACUGGACGCUGGCAUGACCAUCAUCAGGCAAGAGAGAGAACAACUCCAUCAGAUCAAGACUGAUAUGGAGAGGGCCAGAGAAACCCUUGUCAAGGAAAAGCAUGAAAUAAGCGCACAGAGGGCCGAGCUCCAAAGGAAGGAAGACGACCUGGUCAACACAAUGAAGCCAAUGGAAAUGCUCAAAGGCAAACUUGAACGGCUGAAUGAAAAGAUGCGUUCAGACCUGAAAAACAAAAUGGACACCCUGCAGCAGAAAAAUGAAGACCUGCAAGCGCUGCACACUGCACUGGAGCAGAGGUUGGCCACACUGGCUCAACAGAAAGCAGACAUGGAUGGUAACACCCAGCUGCUGGAGAGAGAAAAGACUGGUCUGAAGGCUCUGCUGGCAGACAUGGCCGCCCAGACACAAGACCAGGAGAAGCAAUGGCAGCUGAAGCUUGACGCUGACAAACAUGGUCUGGAGAAGCUCAAGGCAGAGCUACAGAAAGACCAAGAGGAUCUGAACAGAGGCAAUGAGACACUGAUCAAGGAAAAAUUGGACUUGGAAAGGACCAGACAGGACUUCCAGAAACUACAAGAGGAAGAGAAAUACAAGAUGCAACAGGAAAGAGACGAGCUGGAAGUGACAAAAGCUGAGCUGCAAAAGGACAAACAACAGGCAAAGGAGCUGCUGGAUGAGAUGAACAGAGAGAAAGCCAAGAUCAAAGAGAUGACCCUUCAGCUGGACACCGAAAGAGAAGAGCUUGAAAGCAGCAAGAGCAAAAUGUCCUUGAAACAGCAACAAGAACAAGAGCUCAAGGAAGUGGACUUGCAAGCGCUACAAGAGAAAAUGGAGAACACUGAGCACAGGGUACGCUCUGCUAGAGAGGAACUGCAAGCUCUCAAGAACGACCUGGACAAGAAGAAAGAAGAACUGGACGCUGGCAUGACCAUCAUCAGGCAAGAGAGAGAACAACUCCAUCAGAUCAAGACUGAUAUGGAGAGGGCCAGAGAAACCCUUGUCAAGGAAAAGCAGGAAAUAAGCGCACAGAGGGCCGAGCUCCAAAGGAAGGAAGACGACCUGGUCAACACAAUGAAGCCAAUGGAAAUGCUCAAAGGCAAACUUGAACGGCUGAAUGAAAAGAUGCGUUCAGACCUGAAAAACAAAAUGGACACCCUGCAGCAGAAAAAUGAAGACCUGCAAGCGCUGCACACUGCACUGGAGCAGAGGUUGGCCACACUGGCUCAACAGAAAGCAGACAUGGAUGGUAACACCCAGCUGCUGGAGAGAGAAAAGACUGGUCUGAAGGCUCUGCUGGCAGACAUGGCCGCCCAGACACAAGACCAGGAGAAGCAAUGGCAGCUGAAGCUUGACGCUGACAAACAUGGUCUGGAGAAGCUCAAGGCAGCGCUACAGAAAGACCAAGAGGAUCUGAACAGAGGCAAUGAGACACUGAUCAAGGAAAAAUUGGACUUGGAAAGGACCAGACAGGACUUCCAGAAACUACAAGAGGAAGAGAAAUACAAGAUGCAACAGGAAAGAGACGAGCUGGAAGUGACAAAAGCUGAGCUGCAAAAGGACAAACAACAGGCAAAGGAGCUGCUGGAUGAGAUGAACAGAGAGAAAGCCAAGAUCAAAGAGAUGACCCUUCAGCUGGACACCGAAAGAGAAGAGCUUGAAAGCAGCAAGAGCAAAAUGUCCUUGAAACAGCAACAACAAGAGCUCAAGGAAGUGGACUUGCAAGCGCUACAAGAGAAAAUGGAGAACACUGAGCACAGGGUACGCUCUGCUAGAGAGGAACUGCAAGCUCUCAAGAACGACCUGGACAAGAAGAAAGAAGAACUGGACGCUGGCAUGACCAUCAUCAGGCAAGAGAGAGAACAACUCCAUCAGAUCAAGACUGAUAUGGAGAGGGCCAGAGAAACCCUUGUCAAGGAAAAGCAGGAAAUAAGCGCACAGAGGGCCGAGCUCCAAAGGAAGGAAGACGACCUGGUCAACACAAUGAAGCCAAUGGAAAUGCUCAAAGGCAAACUUGAACGGCUGAAUGAAAAGAUGCGUUCAGACCUGAAAAACAAAAUGGACACCCUGCAGCAGAAAAAUGAAGACCUGCAAGCGCUGCACACUGCACUGGAGCAGAGGUUGGCCACACUGGCUCAACAGAAAGCAGACAUGGAUGGUAACACCCAGCUGCUGGAGAGAGAAAAGACUGGUCUGAAGGCUCUGCUGGCAGACAUGGCCGCCCAGACACAAGACCAGGAGAAGCAAUGGCAGCUGAAGCUUGACGCUGACAAACAUGGUCUGGAGAAGCUCAAGGCAGAGCUACAGAAAGACCAAGAGGAUCUGAACAGAGGCAAUGAGACACUGAUCAAGGAAAAAUUGGACUUGGAAAGGACCAGACAGGACUUCCAGAAACUACAAGAGGAAGAGAAAUACAAGAUGCAACAGGAAAGAGACGAGCUGGAAGUGACAAAAGCUGAGCUGCAAAAGGACAAACAACAGGCAAAGGAGCUGCUGGAUGAGAUGAACAGAGAGAAAGCCAAGAUCAAAGAGAUGACCCUUCAGCUGGACACCGAAAGAGAAGAGCUUGAAAGCAGCAAGAGCAAAAUGUCCUUGAAACAGCAACAAGAACAAGAGCUCAAGGAAGUGGACUUGCAAGCGCUACAAGAGAAAAUGGAGAACACUGAGCACAGGGUACGCUCUGCUAGAGAGGAACUGCAAGCUCUCAAGAACGACCUGGACAAGAAGAAAGAAGAACUGGACGCUGGCAUGACCAUCAUCAGGCAAGAGAGAGAACAACUCCAUCAGAUCAAGACUGAUAUGGAGAGGGCCAGAGAAACCCUUGUCAAGGAAAAGCAGGAAAUAAGCGCACAGAGGGCCGAGCUCCAAAGGAAGGAAGACGACCUGGUCAACACAAUGAAGCCAAUGGAAAUGCUCAAAGGCAAACUUGAACGGCUGAAUGAAAAGAUGCGUUCAGACCUGAAAAACAAAAUGGACACCCUGCAGCAGAAAAAUGAAGACCUGCAAGCGCUGCACACUGCACUGGAGCAGAGGUUGGCCACACUGGCUCAACAGAAAGCAGACAUGGAUGGUAACACCCAGCUGCUGGAGAGAGAAAAGACUGGUCUGAAGGCUCUGCUGGCAGACAUGGCCGCCCAGACACAAGACCAGGAGAAGCAAUGGCAGCUGAAGCUUGACGCUGACAAACAUGGUCUGGAGAAGCUCAAGGCAGCGCUACAGAAAGACCAAGAGGAUCUGAACAGAGGCAAUGAGACACUGAUCAAGGAAAAAUUGGACUUGGAAAGGACCAGACAGGACUUCCAGAAACUACAAGAGGAAGAGAAAUACAAGAUGCAACAGGAAAGAGACGAGCUGGAAGUGACAAAAGCUGAGCUGCAAAAGGACAAACAACAGGCAAAGGAGCUGCUGGAUGAGAUGAACAGAGAGAAAGCCAAGAUCAAAGAGAUGACCCUUCAGCUGGACACCGAAAGAGAAGAGCUUGAAAGCAGCAAGAGCAAAAUGUCCUUGAAACAGCAACAACAAGAGCUCAAGGAAGUGGACUUGCAAGCGCUACAAGAGAAAAUGGAGAACACUGAGCACAGGGUACGCUCUGCUAGAGAGGAACUGCAAGCUCUCAAGAACGACCUGGACAAGAAGAAAGAAGAACUGGACGCUGGCAUGACCAUCAUCAGGCAAGAGAGAGAACAACUCCAUCAGAUCAAGACUGAUAUGGAGAGGGCCAGAGAAACCCUUGUCAAGGAAAAGCAGGAAAUAAGCGCACAGAGGGCCGAGCUCCAAAGGAAGGAAGACGACCUGGUCAACACAAUGAAGCCAAUGGAAAUGCUCAAAGGCAAACUUGAACAGCUGAAUGAAAAGAUGCGUUCAGACCUGAAAAACAAAAUGGACACCCUGCAGCAGAAAAAUGAAGACCUGCAAGCGCUGCACACUGCACUGGAGCAGAGGUUGGCCACACUGGCUCAACAGAAAGCAGACAUGGAUGGUAACACCCAGCUGCUGGAGAGAGAAAAGACUGGUCUGAAGGCUCUGCUGGCAGACAUGGCCGCCCAGACACAAGACCAGGAGAAGCAAUGGCAGCUGAAGCUUGACGCUGACAAACAUGGUCUGGAGAAGCUCAAGGCAGCGCUACAGAAAGACCAAGAGGAUCUGAACAGAGGCAAUGAGACACUGAUCAAGGAAAAAUUGGACUUGGAAAGGACCAGACAGGACUUCCAGAAACUACAAGAGGAAGAGAAAUACAAGAUGCAACAGGAAAGAGACGAGCUGGAAGUGACAAAAGCUGAGCUGCAAAAGGACAAACAACAGGCAAAGGAGCUGCUGGAUGAGAUGAACAGAGAGAAAGCCAAGAUCAAAGAGAUGACCCUUCAGCUGGACACCGAAAGAGAAGAGCUUGAAAGCAGCAAGAGCAAAAUGUCCUUGAAACAGCAACAACAAGAGCUCAAGGAAGUGGACUUGCAAGCGCUACAAGAGAAAAUGGAGAACACUGAGCACAGGGUACGCUCUGCUAGAGAGGAACUGCAAGCUCUCAAGAACGACCUGGACAAGAAGAAAGAAGAACUGGACGCUGGCAUGACCAUCAUCAGGCAAGAGAGAGAACAACUCCAUCAGAUCAAGACUGAUAUGGAGAGGGCCAGAGAAACCCUUGUCAAGGAAAAGCAGGAAAUAAGCGCACAGAGGGCCGAGCUCCAAAGGAAGGAAGACGACCUGGUCAACACAAUGAAGCCAAUGGAAAUGCUCAAAGGCAAACUUGAACGGCUGAAUGAAAAGAUGCGUUCAGACCUGAAAAACAAAAUGGACACCCUGCAGCAGAAAAAUGAAGACCUGCAAGCGCUGCACACUGCACUGGAGCAGAGGUUGGCCACACUGGCUCAACAGAAAGCAGACAUGGAUGGUAACACCCAGCUGCUGGAGAGAGAAAAGACUGGUCUGAAGGCUCUGCUGGCAGACAUGGCCGCCCAGACACAAGACCAGGAGAAGCAAUGGCAGCUGAAGCUUGACGCUGACAAACAUGGUCUGGAGAAGCUCAAGGCAGCGCUACAGAAAGACCAAGAGGAUCUGAACAGAGGCAAUGAGACACUGAUCAAGGAAAAAUUGGACUUGGAAAGGACCAGACAGGACUUCCAGAAACUACAAGAGGAAGAGAAAUACAAGAUGCAACAGGAAAGAGACGAGCUGGAAGUGACAAAAGCUGAGCUGCAAAAGGACAAACAACAGGCAAAGGAGCUGCUGGAUGAGAUGAACAGAGAGAAAGCCAAGAUCAAAGAGAUGACCCUUCAGCUGGACACCGAAAGAGAAGAGCUUGAAAGCAGCAAGAGCAAAAUGUCCUUGAAACAGCAACAAGAACAAGAGCUCAAGGAAGUGGACUUGCAAGCGCUACAAGAGAAAAUGGAGAACACUGAGCACAGGGUACGCUCUGCUAGAGAGGAACUGCAAGCUCUCAAGAACGACCUGGACAAGAAGAAAGAAGAACUGGACGCUGGCAUGACCAUCAUCAGGCAAGAGAGAGAACAACUCCAUCAGAUCAAGACUGAUAUGGAGAGGGCCAGAGAAACCCUUGUCAAGGAAAAGCAGGAAAUAAGCGCACAGAGGGCCGAGCUCCAAAGGAAGGAAGACAACCUGGUCAACACAAUGAAGCCAAUGGAAAUGCUCAAAGGCAAACUUGAACAGCUGAAUGAAAAGAUGCGUUCAGACCUGAAAAACAAAAUGGACACCCUGCAGCAGAAAAAUGAAGACCUGCAAGCGCUGCACACUGCACUGGAGCAGAGGUUGGCCACACUGGCUCAACAGAAAGCAGACAUGGAUGGUAACACCCAGCUGCUGGAGAGAGAAAAGACUGGUCUGAAGGCUCUGCUGGCAAACAUGGCCGCCCAGACACAAGACCAGGAGAAGCAAUGGCAGCUGAAGCUUGACGCUGACAAACAUGGUCUGGAGAAGCUCAAGGAAGAGCUACAGAAAGACCAAGAGGAUCUGAACAGAGGCAAUGAGACACUGAUCAAGGAAAAAUUGGACUUGGAAAGGACCAGACAGGACUUCCAGAAACUACAAGAGGAAGAGAAAUACAAGAUGCAACAGGAAAGAGACGAGCUGGAAGUGACAAAAGCUGAGCUGCAAAAGGACAAACAACAGGCAAAGGAGCUGCUGGAUGAGAUGAACAGAGAGAAAGCCAAGAUCAAAGAGAUGACCCUUCAGCUGGACACCGAAAGAGAAGAGCUUGAAAGCAGCAAGAGCAAAAUGUCCUUGAAACAGCAACAAGAACAAGAGCUCAAGGAAGUGGACUUGCAAGCGCUACAAGAGAAAAUGGAGAACACUGAGCACAGGGUAUGCUCUGCUAGAGAGGAACUGCAAGCUCUCAAGAACGACCUGGACAAGAAGAAAGAAGAACUGGACGCUGGCAUGACCAUCAUCAGGCAAGAGAGAGAACAACUCCAUCAGAUCAAGACUGAUAUGGAGAGGGCCAGAGAAACCCUUGUCAAGGAAAAGCAGGAAAUAAGCGCACAGAGGGCCGAGCUCCAAAGGAAGGAAGACAACCUGGUCAACACAAUGAAGCCAAUGGAAAUGCUCAAAGGCAAACUUGAACGGCUGAAUGAAAAGAUGCGUUCAGACCUGAAAAACAAAAUGGACACCCUGCAGCAGAAAAAUGAAGACCUGCAAGCGCUGCACACUGCACUGGAGCAGAGGUUGGCCACACUGGCUCAACAGAAAGCAGACAUGGAUGGUAACACCCAGCUGCUGGAGAGAGAAAAGACUGGUCUGAAGGCUCUGCUGGCAGACAUGGCCGCCCAGACACAAGACCAGGAGAAGCAAUGGCAGCUGAAGCUUGACGCUGACAAACAUGGUCUGGAGAAGCUCAAGGAAGAGCUACAGAAAGACCAAGAGGAUCUGAACAGAGGCAAUGAGACACUGAUCAAGGAAAAAUUGGACUUGGAAAGGACCAGACAGGACUUCCAGAAACUACAAGAGGAAGAGAAAUACAAGAUGCAACAGGAAAGAGACGAGCUGGAAGUGACAAAAGCUGAGCUGCAAAAGGACAAACAACAGGCAAAGGAGCUGCUGGAUGAGAUGAACAAAGAGAAAGCCAAGAUCAAAGAGAUGACCCUUCAGCUGGACACCGAAAGAGAAGAGCUUGAAAGCAGCAAGAGCAAAAUGUCCUUGAAACAGCAACAAGAACAAGAGCUCAAGGAAGUGGACUUGCAAGCGCUACAAGAGAAAAUGGAGAACACUGAGCACAGGGUACGCUCUGCUAGAGAGGAACUGCAAGCUCUCAAGAACGACCUGGACAAGAAGAAAGAAGAACUGGACGCUGGCAUGACCAUCAUCAGGCAAGAGAGAGAACAACUCCAUCAGAUCAAGACUGAUAUGGAGAGGGCCAGAGAAACCCUUGUCAAGGAAAAGCAGGAAAUAAGCGCACAGAGGGCCGAGCUCCAAAGGAAGGAAGACGACCUGGUCAACACAAUGAAGCCAAUGGAAAUGCUCAAAGGCAAACUUGAACGGCUGAAUGAAAAGAUGCGUUCAGACCUGAAAAACAAAAUGGACACCCUGCAGCAGAAAAAUGAAGACCUGCAAGCGCUGCACACUGCACUGGAGCAGAGGUUGGCCACACUGGCUCAACAGAAAGCAGACAUGGAUGGUAACACCCAGCUGCUGGAGAGAGAAAAGACUGGUCUGAAGGCUCUGCUGGCAGACAUGGCCGCCCAGACACAAGACCAGGAGAAGCAAUGGCAGCUGAAGCUUGACGCUGACAAACAUGGUCUGGAGAAGCUCAAGGAAGAGCUACAGAAAGACCAAGAGGAUCUGAACAGAGGCAAUGAGACACUGAUCAAGGAAAAAUUGGACUUGGAAAGGACCAGACAGGACUUCCAGAAACUACAAGAGGAAGAGAAAUACAAGAUGCAACAGGAAAGAGACGAGCUGGAAGUGUCAAAAGCUGAGCUGCAAAAGGACAAACAACAGGCAAAGGAGCUGCUGGAUGAGAUGAACAGAGAGAAAGCCAAGAUCAAAGAGAUGACCCUUCAGCUGGACACCGAAAGAGAAGAGCUUGAAAGCAGCAAGAGCAAAAUGUCCUUGAAACAGCAACAACAAGAGCUCAAGGAAGUGGACUUGCAAGCGCUACAAGAGAAAAUGGAGAACACUGAGCACAGGGUACGCUCUGCUAGAGAGGAACUGCAAGCUCUCAAGAACGACCUGGACAAGAAGAAAGAAGAACUGGACGCUGGCAUGACCAUCAUCAGGCAAGAGAGAGAACAACUCCAUCAGAUCAAGACUGAUAUGGAGAGGGCCAGAGAAACCCUUGUCAAGGAAAAGCAGGAAAUAAGCGCACAGAGGGCCGAGCUCCAAAGGAAGGAAGACGACCUGGUCAACACAAUGAAGCCAAUGGAAAUGCUCAAAGGCAAACUUGAACGGCUGAAUGAAAAGAUGCGUUCAGACCUGAAAAACAAAAUGGACACCCUGCAGCAGAAAAAUGAAGACCUGCAAGCGCUGCACACUGCACUGGAGCAGAGGUUGGCCACACUGGCUCAACAGAAAGCAGACAUGGAUGGUAACACCCAGCUGCUGGAGAGAGAAAAGACUGGUCUGAAGGCUCUGCUGGCAGACAUGGCCGCCCAGACACAAGACCAGGAGAAGCAAUGGCAGCUGAAGCUUGACGCUGACAAACAUGGUCUGGAGAAGCUCAAGGCAGCGCUACAGAAAGACCAAGAGGAUCUGAACAGAGGCAAUGAGACACUGAUCAAGGAAAAAUUGGACUUGGAAAGGACCAGACAGGACUUCCAGAAACUACAAGAGGAAGAGAAAUACAAGAUGCAACAGGAAAGAGACGAGCUGGAAGUGACAAAAGCUGAGCUGCAAAAGGACAAACAACAGGCAAAGGAGCUGCUGGAUGAGAUGAACAGAGAGAAAGCCAAGAUCAAAGAGAUGACCCUUCAGCUGGACACCGAAAGAGAAGAGCUUGAAAGCAGCAAGAGCAAAAUGUCCUUGAAACAGCAACAAGAACAAGAGCUCAAGGAAGUGGACUUGCAAGCGCUACAAGAGAAAAUGGAGAACACUGAGCACAGGGUACGCUCUGCUAGAGAGGAACUGCAAGCUCUCAAGAACGACCUGGACAAGAAGAAAGAAGAACUGGACGCUGGCAUGACCAUCAUCAGGCAAGAGAGAGAACAACUCCAUCAGAUCAAGACUGAUAUGGAGAGGGCCAGAGAAACCCUUGUCAAGGAAAAGCAGGAAAUAAGCGCACAGAGGGCCGAGCUCCAAAGGAAGGAAGACGACCUUGUCAACACUAUGAAGCCAAUGGAAAUGCUCAAAGGCAAACUUGAACAGCUGAAUGAAAAGAUGCGUUCAGACCUGAAAAACAAAAUGGACACCCUGCAGCAGAAAAAUGAAGACCUGCAAGCGCUGCACACUGCACUGGAGCAGAGGUUGGCCACACUGGCUCAACAGAAAGCAGACAUGGAUGGUAACACCCAGCUGCUGGAGAGAGAAAAGACUGGUCUGAAGGCUCUGCUGGCAGACAUGGCCGCCCAGACACAAGACCAGGAGAAGCAAUGGCAGCUGAAGCUUGACGCUGACAAACAUGGUCUGGAGAGGCUCAAGGCAGAGCUACAGAAAGACCAAGAGGAUCUGAACAGAGGCAAUGAGACACUGAUCAAGGAAAAAUUGGACUUGGAAAGGACCAGACAGGACUUCCAGAAACUACAAGAGGAAGAGAAAUACAAGAUGCAACAGGAAAGAGACGAGCUGGAAGUGACAAAAGCUGAGCUGCAAAAGGACAAACAACAGGCAAAGGAGCUGCUGGAUGAGAUGAACAGAGAGAAAGCCAAGAUCAAAGAGAUGACCCUUCAGCUGGACACCGAAAGAGAAGAGCUUGAAAGCAGCAUGAGCAAAAUGUCCUUGAAACAGCAACAACAAGAGCUCAAGGAAGUGGACUUGCAAGCGCUACAAGAGAAAAUGGAGAAAACUGAGCACAGGGUACGCUCUGCUAGAGAGGAACUGCAAGCUCUCAAGAACGACCUGGACAAGAAGAAAGAAGAACUGGACGCUGGCAUGACCAUCAUCAGGCAAGAGAGAGAACAACUCCAUCAGAUCAAGACUGAUAUGGAGAGGGCCAGAGAAACCCUUGUCAAGGAAAAGCAGGAAAUAAGCGCACAGAGGGCCGAGCUCCAAAGGAAGGAGGAUGACCUGGUCAACACAAUGAAGCCAAUGGAAAUGCUCAAAGGCAAACUUGAACGGCUGAAUGAAAAGAUGCGUUCAGACCUGAAAAACAAAAUGGACACCCUGCAGCAGAAAAAUGAAGACCUGCAAGCGCUGCACACUGCACUGGAGCAGAGGUUGGCCACACUGGCUCAACAGAAAGCAGACAUGGAUGGUAACACCCAGCUGCUGGAGAGAGAAAAGACUGGUCUGAAGGCUCUGCUGGCAGACAUGGCCGCCCAGACACAAGACCAGGAGAAGCAAUGGCAGCUGAAGCUUGACGCUGACAAACAUGGUCUGGAGAAGCUCAAGGCAGAGCUACAGAAAGACCAAGAGGAUCUGAACAGAGGCAAUGAGACACUGAUCAAGGAAAAAUUGGACUUGGAAAGGACCAGACAGGACUUCCAGAAACUACAAGAGGAAGAGAAAUACAAGAUGCAACAGGAAAGAGACGAGCUGGAAGUGACAAAAGCUGAGCUGCAAAAGGACAAACAACAGGCAAAGGAGCUGCUGGAUGAGAUGAACAGAGAGAAAGCCAAGAUCAAAGAGAUGACCCUUCAGCUGGACACCGAAAGAGAAGAGCUUGAAAGCAGCAAGAGCAAAAUGUCCUUGAAACAGCAACAAGAACAAGAGCUCAAGGAAGUGGACUUGCAAGCGCUACAAGAGAAAAUGGAGAACACUGAGCACAGGGUACGCUCUGCUAGAGAGGAACUGCAAGCUCUCAAGAACGACCUGGACAAGAAGAAAGAAGAACUGGAUGCUGGCAUGACCAUCAUCAGGCAAGAGAGAGAACAACUCCAUCAGAUCAAGACUGAUAUGGAGAGGGCCAGAGAAACCCUUGUCAAGGAAAAGCAGGAAAUAAGCGCACAGAGGGCCGAGCUCCAAAGGAAGGAAGACGACCUGGUCAACACAAUGAAGCCAAUGGAAAUGCUCAAAGGCAAACUUGAACGGCUGAAUGAAAAGAUGCGUUCAGACCUGAAAAACAAAAUGGACACCCUGCAGCAGAAAAAUGAAGACCUGCAAGCGCUGCACACUGCACUGGAGCAGAGGUUGGCCACACUGGCUCAACAGAAAGCAGACAUGGAUGGUAACACCCAGCUGCUGGAGAGAGAAAAGACUGGUCUGAAGGCUCUGCUGGCAGACAUGGCCGCCCAGACACAAGACCAGGAGAAGCAAUGGCAGCUGAAGCUUGACGCUGACAAACAUGGUCUGGAGAAGCUCAAGGAAGAGCUACAGAAAGACCAAGAGGAUCUGAACAGAGGCAAUGAGACACUGAUCAAGGAAAAAUUGGACUUGGAAAGGACCAGACAGGACUUCCAGAAACUACAAGAGGAAGAGAAAUACAAGAUGCAACAGGAAAGAGACGAGCUGGAAGUGACAAAAGCUGAGCUGCAAAAGGACAAACAACAGGCAAAGGAGCUGCUGGAUGAGAUGAACAGAGAGAAAGCCAAGAUCAAAGAGGUGACCCUUCAGCUGGACACCGAAAGAGAAGAGCUUGAAAGCAGCAUGAGCAAAAUGUCCUUGAAACAGCAACAAGAACAAGAGCUCAAGGAAGUGGACUUGCAAGCGCUACAAGAGAAAAUGGAGAACACUGAGCACAGGGUACGCUCUGCUAGAGAGGAACUGCAAGCUCUCAAGAACGACCUGGACAAGAAGAAAGAAGAACUGGACGCUGGCAUGACCAUCAUCAGGCAAGAGAGAGAACAACUCCAUCAGAUCAAGACUGAUAUGGAGAGGGCCAGAGAAACCCUUGUCAAGGAAAAGCAGGAAAUAAGCGCACAGAGGGCCGAGCUCCAAAGGAAGGAAGACGACCUGGUCAACACAAUGAAGCCAAUGGAAAUGCUCAAAGGCAAACUUGAACGGCUGAAUGAAAAGAUGCGUUCAGACCUGAAAAACAAAAUGGACACCCUGCAGCAGAAAAAUGAAGACCUGCAAGCGCUGCACACUGCACUGGAGCAGAGGUUGGCCACACUGGCUCAACAGAAAGCAGACAUGGAUGGUAACACCCAGCUGCUGGAGAGAGAAAAGACUGGUCUGAAGGCUCUGCUGGCAGACAUGGCCGCCCAGACACAAGACCAGGAGAAGCAAUGGCAGCUGAAGCUUGACGCUGACAAACAUGGUCUGGAGAAGCUAGAAGGAGAGGAAAUUUUCACAUCAAAAGUUGACCAGGCCACACAAACGGAUGAUUUCCUGAAAGAUUUCGUCGUUGAGUAUGAAGCAGAGAGGAAUAUUCCAAAGAAAUACAAGAAGUUGGAGUUUGACUUUUUGCAGACUGAUGAUUUAGUUGAAACAGCACAAAUCGAACACCCCAUGGAGUUAGAGGACCAGUACCAUUCUUUGACUAAAAAAAGUGAAUCCCUAAAAUUACAUCAAGAAUCUUUACCUACCACCAAAACUGGGGAUGAAGUUGAUGACCACCAGGGACAGGAAUUCACACCACCCCUAAAAGGAUCAAAGGAACACCAAAUUCUUCCAGAGGACAAGAUGUUGAACAGGGAUAUUUUACAUAACAUAUGGAGAGACACCCAGGUUGAACAAAGAGAGAUCAAUCAGAUGAAAAGCAGGAGUAAUGAAAUGAAAAACAAUCUUGCCAGAAGAUUACAAGUAGUCAAUCAGUUUCUCAGGGGAACGAGGUCAAAGAGAGAACAGAAACAGUUUGACAGCGAAAAGCCAACACAAAAAGUUCAAGACCCGGCAUUUCAAUACUCUUAUGAGACGGAUCGUAAACUACUCUCUGAAAAAUACACAAUGCUCCAAGAACUGAAGGCUCAAAUGCUCCAUGAGAUUGACAGACUUAAUGCAAAAUGGAGCAAGACUUCACUUACUAGCCACAAGUCUAGUAAAACAUCAAGAGAUGUCAUAUUAUCAGGAAAAGCAAUGUAUGAAGCUUCAACUCAAACAUUUCAGGAGAUGUCAUCAAUCACAGGGACCGAGGCAGCUGCAGGGACAGACAGUGGACUCCUCUGCCAGUUGUGGCAUCAGUGCUCUGGAUACUGCUGUGCCUGCUGUCAGACUGUGCACCCAAAGUAA